AUGCUUAUAGUGACAAAAGUCUCAUUUGAUAACUAUUUUGUUACAAACCCCGGGUUUUGUCGACAGUUGGUGCAGAGGAGAAUGCUGAGGAAGAAGCUGAUGAACAAUGGGGAUGAGUUUGGAAACAACAGAAGGUUACUUGCAAUGCAAGGCCAUCAAAAUCUCACCCACUCUGAACUGCUCAGUACUGAAAUGUUUCCACAAGCUAUCGAACCCGGACCGGUCGUGCUCGAGCCGCCGGUCCGAGCCUCCACAAUGGUUGAUGAAGACAGUGACUCCAAAUUCUUCCUGGAAUUGGAGGAUCUCAUCCAGAAGCCUCCUCCUCCUCCUCCUCAGGAUUGCCCCUCAGGUUAUGUACAGCAACAAGCUUUCCAUGGAUUUGUUGGAUCCAUUCCAUGAGUUCCCCAUUGUAUAUAAAAUUUGCUAGUAAGUCCUAUACUCUUCAAAAUUUGCAAUAUUGCCCCAACCCCUUUCGCGAACUUUUCAAAAUUAUGAGUUUCAAUUUUUGAAACGUUUGUGAAAUAUCGGGAUAAUAUUGUAAUUUUUGAAAAUAUAUGGUAUUUUUCAAAUUGGAGUGGCAUAUUUGUAAUAUACUUGAGAAGUGUGUGGUUAUAAGUAGUUUAAUUAAUAUUCAAAUUGAAGUUAGGGUUGAAUUUGGAAAUAA